AUCUCAUUGGGAGUCAGAUAUGCGUAUUUGGUGAGCUCAUAUUCAUUGUGUUCUUUCACCACGGUGCCUCGUGUUGUUGUAUCAAAUUUGACAGUAAAAAUGUCGGUCUCUCAUUCUUGCGCUCUCAUCCAUACGCAACACUCACACACACAAGUAUGACAGACAGACCGAUUGGCUGCAAAUUACACGCACACACACAUUAUUCUUUGUUGUUGCUAUUUAUACGCUCGCAUUUUUAUUCUUGUCGAAUUUUGUAACUGUAACGUUAGCUUAUCAUAUUAUUUAUUAAUAUUAAUAUAUUCAUGGCAAUUAAAAGAAUUAUAAAAAGUCAAUUUCGAGUACAUUAACAAAGAGUGAGUGCAAUAUGUGCGAUUGGAAAUGUUGGAGAGGUACGACGACUACGAAACUCAGGAGUAGCAGCAACAAAAGCAACAGUAACAACAACACAUCAUAAGAUAGCGAGCAACAAGUCUAAUUGGCUACACCAUAAAUAUUAAUCACCAUGAGCCCAUUUGGUUCGAAAAAGAAUCGCUCCCUGUCAGUGCGUGUGAGUACUUUUGACUCUGAGUUGGAGUUCGAGUUGGAGCAGCGCGCCACUGGCCAGGAUCUCUUUGAUCUCGUUUGCCGUACAAUUGGAUUGCGAGAGUCGUGGUACUUUGGACUUCAGUAUGUGGACACGCGCAGCAAUGUGUCCUGGCUUAAAAUGGACAAGAAGGUUAAGGAUCAGCGUGUUGAAUUGCACUCCAACAACAAUUUCUAUGUCUUCAGUUUCUAUGCGAAAUUCUUUCCCGAAAAUGUCAGCGAAGAGCUGAUACAAGAGAUUACCCAGCAUCUAUUCUUUCUGCAAGUGAAACAGAGCAUACUGUCGAUGGACAUCUACUGUCGUCCAGAGGCAUCCGUGCUUUUGGCCUCCUAUGCUGUGCAUGUUCAAUAUGGACCCUACGACUACGAGACCUACAAAGAUGGCAUGCUGGCUGGCGGCGAGCUCUUGCCAAAGGGCGUCACAGAUCAAUAUCAAAUGACGCCGGAGAUGUGGGAGGAGCGCAUCAAAACCUGGUAUAUGGACCAUGAACCCAUGACGCGAGACGAGGUGGAAAUGGAGUAUUUGAAAAUCGCACAGGAUCUAGAUAUGUAUGGUGUUAAUUAUUUUCCUAUUACGAAUAAGAACAAAACCAAAUUGUGGCUUGGAGUCACGGCUGUGGGGCUUAACAUCUACGAUGAACGUGACAAGCUAACGCCAAAGACAACGUUCCAAUGGAAUGAAAUACGACACGUCAGCUUCGAUGACAAGAAGUUUACGAUACGGCUAGUGGACGCCAAAGUUUCUAGCUUCAUAUUUUACUCGCAGGACCUACACAUAAACAAAAUGAUACUGGAUCUGUGCAAGGGCAAUCACGAUCUAUACAUGCGACGGCGAAAGCCGGACACCAUGGAGAUACAACAAAUGAAGGCACAGGCGAAGGAGGAGAAACAACGUCGUCAGAUCGAGCGAAAGAAAUUCAUACGCGAAAAGAAGCUGCGCGAGAAGGCGGAGCAUGAUCGCUUCGAGCUUGAGAAGCGGCUGGAGCAUUUGCAGGACGAGAUGCGAAUGGCUAGUGACGCACUGCGUCGCUCUGAGGAAACCAAGGAGCUAUAUUUUGAAAAGAGUCGUGUAAAUGAGGAGCAAAUGCAGCUGACUGAAUGCAAAGCGAAUCAUUUCAAGACCGAAAUGGAUCGUCUGAGGGAACGCCAAAUGAAAAUUGAGCGCGAAAAGCACGAUCUGGAAAAGAAGAUACGCGAUGCCGACUUCUAUGUCCAUCAGCUGACAGUAGAGAACGACAAACGGGAAGCAGAGACGGAAAAACUCAGAAAGGAGCUCAUUUGUGCCAAAAUGGCGGAACGAGAGGCGACUGCGCGUCUGCUAAACUUUCUCAACAGCGGUCGCAAGUCUUCCACGGACAGUCUGCUGACCACAUCCACUGUCUCGAAUGCAGUACAUACAUCGUCAAGCAUCGCGGCCAUCUCCACACCCUCUCUGACCAACAGCAUCUCCACCAAUGACAUAGAGACGGCCGGAGGCGCUGACUUAACUACAUCCGCAUCACACUACAACAUAAUGGGCGACAAUUCAAGCAACAUAUCUGAUGAUUUAGAACCCAAAGAGUUCAUACUCACUGACAACGAAAUGGAGCAGAUUACCAAUGAGAUUGAACGGAGUCAUAUGGAAUACUUACGGAAGUCGAAGAAGCAGGUCCAGCAGCUGCAAACGUUACGCAGCGAAAUUGCACCGCACAAGAUCGAAGAGAAUCAGAGUAAUCUAGACAUAUUGAGCGAGGCGCAAAUUAAGGCUGGCGAAAACAAAUACUCAACGCUCAAAAAACUCAAGUCGGGCUCAACAAAGGCGCGUGUCGCCUUCUUUGAGGAGCUAUGACCGUACACUGACCACAUCAUGGAAUACACAAGACUAUUAUCAACAUUAAAUUGAAUGUGAAUGAUAAGUAACCUUAAACGAAUGUAGGUGCCUUAUAGCCUAUAAAUAGAGAUCUAUGUAUGUAUGUAUAUAUCUAUUAUAUAAAUGCAAGAUCUGUCUAAAAGUAAUUGGCCUUGACCCCGUCCCCUGUAAAAAUGUUAACUUUCUGUUGAAACCGUCGCAUAUCAUACUGUCAAACACUUAUUUUCAAGAAAUAUAACGAACUAAUGGAUCGACUCCAAAUUUAAA